AUGAAACAAAUUGAACAUGACCUUAGAGUACAAAAGAAGGCUGUAAAACUAUUAAAUAGUAGGUGUUCAAGUUUGGAAGGAAUUGUAAAAAAGAAAACUGAGAGAAGUAUAGAGAUGUCUAAAGACUAUAAGACUGCAAAAGGCUGCUUUAAGAAUUCGUCUGAUACAACAGAAAAUAAAAAGAAAAUAAUGACAGACGAAACCACAUACACGAGUAAUGCUACUUCAAAUACCAGUAUACCUGAGCAAUCUCAAUCAAAAACAACCAAAGAGUUGGGAGAAGUUUCUCAACCUGCCAGCAAUCAAUCUUCCGCUUUAAAAUCAAGCACUUCGCAAAACUGGGAAAAAGAUGAAAAGGAUCCACAGUCAAGGCUUAUAUCCAUACAGUGGAAUGUUAUUUACAUAUUUCUACGUAGUAUUACCUCACAUAGCACCGGUGGUGUAUCCGCUAGCCACGGUAGUUCAAACUGCCUCUGUGUAUCUUACUGUUACAGUCUCAUUAGAAAGGUACUAAGAGCGAACAAAGAGCGCCAGCGUCUCUCUCGGAACCAGAAGCGAGAAAUCGGCCUAGCUACGAUGCUUCUAGGUGUAGUCGUCGUCUUCUUCAUCUGCAAUCUCCUACCACUAGUGAUAAAUAUUAUAGAAACUUUCCAAGUCCAAAUACCCUUUGAACUAGACUACCUCUUGCAAACCAGUAACUUGUUAGUGACGAUAAAUUCUAGUGUUAAUUUUAUUAUUUAUGUGAUCUUUGGUGAGAAGUUCAAGAGACUGUUUUUAAUUUUGUUUUGCAAUAACAAUCUCUUCAGAAGCGGCAGGGAAUCUCCGGAUGGAGUAACGCAUGAAGAUAGUUUUAUUUCGAAUGGAGACAGACACAGUUUAAGACUUCAGCGGCAUAGUACCAGCUUAAGCCGAAACGGAACAGGUUCCAACUUCGGCCGCACCAACGGCUCAACGCGCAUACCCAACCGCAACAGCUGCCGCUACAACCGAACCUCAAGUCCAGGCCCUUGCGUCUACUACCCAGCUAAUCGCAACAACAAGGAAAUUACACAGACGACAGUAUUAAUAGGAGAUUGA